UAUUCAUUAAUUUACAUGGUUUUAUCUGUAUCUCGACUUGAUAAAAUCAAUUAAUUUGGUUCUUGUUCUGUCAUUUGGGGAAAAAAAUAAAUUAUUUGUGUUUUUUUAUUAAUGGGGUGUUUUAGUGAUAGUACUUUAACUUCUUUGUUCCUUCCUUUCUUUCUUUCUUUCUUUCGUUUUUUGUUCAAAUUUGCAACUGGUUUUAGUUUUCCCAUUUCUUGAUUCCUUGCUUCUCUUACUCAAAACUCAAAGAGGAGCUAAAAUGUUUUCCCUGGAUAUGAAGCUGUCAGCAUUAAACGGUUAUUUUACAUAACCUUGAGAUAUGUGCUGGGGUUAUAUUUCGAAUCAGAUCAGGUGUUGUAUGACUGCUGAGUCUCUAAGGCAAGUCCAAUCUUGGAACAGCUGUGGUAAAUUUCCAGUAUACACCUGACUGGCCCUCCACUAGUUGGAUGAUAUGGUGCCUGUGUAUUUAUACCUACAAGGCCAAAAAGGAGAAAGACAAAGAAGAAAGACUGCUGGAAAACGUUGAUUCAGCAAUUACUGGGGUACACUUUUCUGUGGUACCACAUAUUUCAGCAGAACUUUUAUGAUAACGUAAAGCUAAGUUCUACUUCAGAGUCAUGGCAUCAAGAUCUAGUGCAAACUUUUUCGACUUGGCAUCUGGGGACAUACUGGAUAUACCUCCGACUCCUAGAGCUCUUCCACGUAUGAUGACUGUUCCUGGGAUAAUUUCUGAUGGUUAUGGCAGCAAUGAUGGGGAUUCAGAUAGUAUGUCAUCUGCUUGUCAUGAGCGAAAAAUUAUUGUUGCAAACAUGUUGCCUUUGCAUGCUCAAAGGGAUACAACAGCUGAAAAGUGGUUCUUCAGUUUGGACGAGGAUUCUCUUUUAUUACAACUGAAGGAUGGGUUUUCACCUGAAACUGAGGUUAUCUAUGUGGGCUCUCUCAAGGUAGAUGUGGAGCCCAGUGAACAGGAGGAAGUUACACAGCGACUACUUGAGGAGUUCAAGUGUGUGCCUACCUUUGUACCUCGUGACAUCCAGGAAAAUUUUUAUCAUGGCUUCUGUAAGCAACAACUGUGGCCUCUUUUUCACUACAUGCUCCCGAUGUGCCCAGACCAUGCAGAUCGUUUUGACCGUCAGCUGUGGCAAGCGUAUGUCUCAGCAAACAAGCUAUUUGCUGAUAAGGUUAUGGAAGUGGUUAAUCCCGAGGAUGAUUAUAUCUGGGUUCAAGAUUACCACCUUAUGGUUCUUCCGACAUUCUUAAGAAAGCGGUACCAUCGAGUGAAGCUUGGAUUCUUUCUUCAUAGCCCAUUCCCAUCAUCAGAAAUUUACCGAACUCUCCCAGUUAGGGAUGAAAUUCUAAAAGGAUUAUUAAAUUGUGACCUGAUUGGCUUUCAUACUUUUGAUUAUGCACGUCAUUUUCUGUCAUGCUGCAGUAGAAUGCUAGGUCUAGAUUAUGAAUCUAAGCGUGGACACAUCGGACUUGAUUACUUUGGUCGUACAGUUUACAUAAAAAUUCUUCCAGUAGGCAUACAUAUGGGUCGACUUGACUCUGUUUUGAAUCUUUCUUCUACAUUUGCUAAAGCUAAAGAAGUUCAAGAGCAGUUCAAAGGGAAGAAAGUCAUUCUUGGUGUGGAUGAUAUGGACAUUUUUAAAGGUAUUAGUUUGAAAUUACUAGCUUUUGAACACCUACUACAGCAACAAGAAGAUUUGCUGGGUAAACUUGUUCUUGUCCAAAUAGUAAAUCCUGCUCGUAGCUCUGGAAAGGAUGUUCAGGAAGCAAAGAGGGAGACGUAUUUGACUGCCGAGAGGAUCAACCAAGUUCAUGGAAGAUCUAAUUAUGAGCCUGUAAUGUUGAUAGAUCGUCCAGUUGCUCGAUUUGAGAAGACUGCAUACUAUGCUGUUGCUGAAUGUUGCAUAGUCAAUGCAGUGAGGGAUGGGAUGAAUUUAGUGCCUUACAACUAUAUUGUCUGUAGGCAAGGCUCUCCUGGUAUGGAUGAGGCAAUGGGUAUCGAAACUGAUUCACCUAGAACUAGCAUGCUUGUUGUGUCUGAAUUUAUUGGUUGUUCACCAUCAUUGAGUGGGGCAAUUAGGGUAAAUCCAUGGGAUAUUGAAGCUGUGGCUGAGGCUUUAAAUGUGGCCAUUACAAUGUCUAAUUCUGAGAAAGAACUUCGUCAUGAGAAGCACUUCCGCUAUGUGAGCUCUCACGAUGUAGCUUAUUGGGCUCGUAGCUUCAUGCAGGAUUUGGAGAGAGCAUGCCAACAUCAUUAUAGUAAGCGUUGCUGGGGCAUUGGCCUGGGCCUAGGUUUCAGAGUUAUUGCGCUUUCACCAAGCUUUAGAAAGUUGUCCAUAGAUCACAUUGUUUCCUCGUACAGGAGGACACAGAGAAGGGCUAUAUUUUUGGACUAUGACGGUACUGUUGUACCUCAGUCAUCUAUGGUUAAAGCUCCAAGUGCCGAAGUUAUUUCUCUGUUGAACGCUCUAAGUAAUGAACCUAAAAACACUGUGUAUAUUGUUAGUGGCAGAGGAAGGACUUCAUUAUGUGAGUGGCUUGCACCAUGCGAAAGGCUCGGAAUAGCUGCUGAACAUGGGUACUUCAUAAGGGGUAAUAAAACCUCUGAAUGGGAUUAUUUAGAUUCUAAUCUUGAAUGGAAAGAAAUUGCGGAACCUGUGAUGCAACUUUACACGGAAGCAACUGAUGGAUCAUAUAUAGAGCCUAAAGAGAGUGCAUUGGUGUGGCACCAUUAUGAUGCAGACCCUGACUUCGGCUCCUGUCAGGCAAAGGAAUUGUUGGAUCAUUUGGAAAGUGUACUUGCAAAUGAACCUGCAGUUGUUAAGAGGGGUCAACACAUUGUUGAAGUCAAGCCGCAAGGUGUUACCAAAGGAUUAGUUGCGGCGAAAGUUCUCUCGAUGAUGGUUGAUAGUGGGAAACCUCCUGAUUUUGUGAUGUGCAUUGGAGAUGACAGGUCGGAUGAGGACAUGUUUGAGAGCAUAUUAAGCACUGUAUCCAGUCCGUCGGUCACUGCUGCCCCUGAUAUCUUUGCCUGCACUGUUGGGCAAAAGCCAAGCAAAGCCAAGUAUUACCUCGAUGAUACUGCUGAUGUUCUUAGACUGCUUGGAGGCCUUGCUAAUGCUUCUAAUCCAAAGCCAAUCGAUACUGCUCAAUUCCAGGUCGCCUUUGGUUCUGUUAUUUGAGUGGGCAAACAAGAUGUUGCUUCGUGUACAUGGUUAUGUUUUUGAGAUAUUUCCAUGACAGACGAGGAAUGAGUUCCAUCCUCAAAUCUUAACUUAAAUAUGAUGAAUGGCUGGAUUCAAGGCUUGGACAUUUCCCAAGUUAUGCUGGUUUCGUGGCUUGAGGUUUUCAAGGAUGCAGACUACUUUGGUAUAGAAAGUAUCAUCAGGGCUAGAGUUCUUUCUUUAAGUACAGUUCAUCAGUAGUCAUUGUGCCUGCUCUGAAUGAUUAACAGGCACUGAUAACUUGUACAUAUACAUGACUCUUUAAUAUGAGAAUUUGGUUCAUUUUA